CCUUCCUAGAUUCUAUAACAAUCGAGAAGCACAUGAGAGAGGCCUCUUCAUCAAGCAUUCUUGAUUAAGCUAGGAAAAUGGAAUUGAAGCUUAUUUUGCCUCUUCGUAUGGUAAGUCCAGCUGUGAGCAGGGUGUUCUGUUCUUCACUUCCAGCAAGCCAGAGUUUUAUAAAUGGACACUGACAUGGACUACGAAAGACCCAACGUUGAAACCAUCAAGUGUGUGGUUGUGGGCGACAACGCUGUGGGGAAGACGCGCUUGAUCUGCGCCAGAGCGUGCAAUACCACGCUAACGCAGUAUCAGCUGCUGGCAACCCAUGUCCCAACCGUGUGGGCGAUCGACCAGUACCGAGUCUGCCAGGAGGUCUUGGAGCGUUCCCGGGAUGUUGUGGAUGAAGUGAGCGUUUCUCUCAGGCUUUGGGAUACUUUUGGAGAUCAUCACAAAGACAGGCGAUUUGCAUAUGGCAGGUCUGAUGUUGUGGUCCUCUGUUUUUCGAUCGCUAAUCCCAGCUCCCUCAAUCACGUGAAAACCAUGUGGUAUCAAGAAAUCAAGCACUUUUGUCCUCGCACGCCUGUCAUCCUUGUUGGCUGCCAGCUAGAUCUCCGCUAUGCCGAUCUGGAUGCUGUUAAUCGAGCCAGACGCCCGUUAGCAAGACCCAUAAAGAGGGGGGAUAUUUUGCCCCCAGAAAAAGGCCGAGAGGUUGCAAAGGAGCUUGGCAUACCAUACUAUGAAACAAGUGUAUUUGACCAGUUUGGAAUCAAGGACGUGUUUGACAACGCGAUCCGAGCAGCGCUGAUUUCCCGCCGGCACCUGCAGUUCUGGAAAUCCCACUUAAAGAAGGUCCAGAAACCUUUGCUUCAGGCACCCUUCCUACCUCCAAAAGCCCCUCCGCCGGUCAUCAAAAUUCCAGAGUGCCCUAACACGGGGACAAAUGAAGCUGCCUGUUUACUGAACAAUCCUCUGUGUGCCGACGUCCUGUUUGUCCUUCAGGACCAGGAGCGCAUCUUUGCACAUCGAAUUUACCUCGCUACCUCUUCUUCCAAAUUUUAUGAUCUUUUUUUAAUGGAAUGUGAAGAAUCCCCAAACUGGGGGGAAGGAGCUUGUGAGAAAGAGAAGCAGAGCAGGGAUUUCCAGGGGCGGACACUGAGUCUUGACCCAGAGGAGGAAAGGGAAGAAGGCCCUCCAAGGACACCGCAGGCCGAUCAGUGGAAGUCCUCAAGCAAGAACCUGUUGGGGACUGUGGGCAUGGAAGCCGAGGGCUCGAUUCCCGAGACGCAGACUUUGUCAGGCUGGAGCAAGGGGUUUGUUGGCAUGCACAAGGAAAUGCAAGUCAAUCCCAUCUCAAAACGCGUGGGCCCCAUGACUGUGGUCAGGAUGGACUCGUCGGUCCAGCCAGGCCCUUUCCGGACCCUGCUCCAGUUUCUUUAUACGGGGCAACUGGAUGAGAAGGAAAAGGAUCUGGUGGGCCUGGCUCAGAUCGCAGAGGUCCUGGAGAUGUUUGAUUUGAGGAUGAUGGUAGAAAACAUCAUGAACAAGGAAGCCUUCAUGAACCAGGAGAUUACGAAAGCCUUUCACGUCAGGAAGGCCAAUCGGAUAAAAGAGUGUCUCAGCAAGGGGACGUUCUCAGAUGUGACAUUUAAAUUGGAUGAUGGAGCCAUCAGUGCCCACAAGCCACUGCUGAUCUGUAGCUGCGAGUGGAUGGCUGCCAUGUUCGGGGGGUCGUUUGUGGAAAGCACCAACAGUGAGGUAUGUCUCCCGAACAUAAACAAGAUGUCAAUGCAAGCGGUAUUGGAUUAUCUCUAUAACAAGCAGUUGUCACCUAACUUGGACCUGGACCCACUGGAAUUAAUUGCCUUGGCAAACAGAUUUUGCCUGCCACACUUGGUUGCACUUGCAGAGCAGCACGCUGUGCAGGAGCUGACCAAGGCCGCUGUGAGUGGUGUGGGCAUCGAUGGGGAAGUGCUGUCCUAUCUGGAAUUGGCCCAGUUUCACAAUGCCCACCAGCUGGCCGCCUGGUGUCUGCACCACAUCUGCACCAACUACAACAGCGUGUGUUCCAAGUUCCGCAAGGAAAUCAAAUCCAAGUCUGCAGACAACCAGGAAUACUUUGAGCGGCACCGCUGGCCCCCCGUGUGGUACCUGAAGGAGGAAGACCACUACCAGCGUGUGAAAAGGGAGCGAGAGAAGGAAGACAUGGCACUAAAUAAACAUCACUCACGACGGAAGUGGUGCUUCUGGAAUUCAUCUCCCGCGGUCGCCUGAGGAGGGAGAGAAAAAGAAAUCAGUAAUCUGAUACACCACUUUUCACAGCACUACUGUAAAAUUAGUCCUCUUCUUAGAGAUACGGUGUAGUUCAGGUUCCAGGCACUGACCUUCCUCCACUUCUGUGCAUUUCUCUUUGCUAGGAUCGAAGCACAAGCUCACCGGCAGCGAGCCCGACACAAAGGGAAGCCAGUCUCGCUGCCUUCCUUCCACUGAUAGUGUAGUUUUUGUUAGGAGGCUUAAUAAACUUUAGUCCGUUAUUUUGUUUCUUUUUAUACAAAGAAAAAAAAAUCCAGCUUUCAUGUUUCAGAUUCCAAAUUGGAAAAUAUUUUUAUAUGGUCUCUUGUAUUUUGUUGAAAUGAAAAAUACUAUGUAUUACUUUAUUUUACAGGCCAUAAACUGACCCUGAAGUCGCCCUGUGAUUCUCUUCACCCACCUGACCACUGGGCUUUAUUAUGUAAUUACAGGGUUAUCCUUUUGUUGUGAAGUAAGGGAUUGGACUGAAAUCUCCCAAAGUGCAACUUGGAGAGUGUUUAAUCUUUGUUCUGCUGAAUAACAUCGGUAUAAUUACCAAGGCAACUCGAAGAAUGUGUAUUUACAAUAUUUGCCGUGUAAGUGCUAGUAAUUAUAUGUGCCAUGUAAAAUAUAGUGAUAUCAAAUAUUCUGUUGUUUCAAAUGUCUAGACUCAAGAGGAUAAUCUUUAUAAUCAUUAGAAGGGCUUAUUAAAUCCCAGCAUUAUCCAGGGCAAACUCACUGGUGGACCUGAAUAUAUAAGAUACCAUUAGAGCAUUGGUGUUUGGAUUGCUCAGUAUUCCUUGAUCUUGCCAUGCUUCUGCAUGCAGAUUCUCCAUUGACUUGAACUGAGAUGGCAAGGAAAAAGGUCCCCAGACUCUGUCCCGCCAUCUGCAGGCUUGUAACAUCUCACCACCAGAAACAGGCUUCCUCAGGUCUCUCACCUGUGGCCAACUUCACUUUGUAAGACACGUAUUUUUAACUCUUCCCAGGGAAAAUUCAUGUCGCUGCAGAAGUAGGCUACGGCAGACCACCCACGCCUGCUGAAAUUCAGCAGGGCCUGUGAAAGCACAAAGCUGGAGGCUGGGUCCCUGCAUUCUCCAACACAGAAAGGAAUCUAAAUUCCAAAAGUGCAGGAAAUGGUGCUAUUGUGAGUUAGUUCUGACUUUCGUCAUUCUGAGUUUUCAGUGUUAAAGUAGAAAGUGUAGAGCAGGGGAGCUGUUGAGAGGCAGUCAGUCAUUGCUUGUCUGUAAUGAAAAUGUUACAGUGCGUGCACACACACACACACACACACACACACACACACACACACACACAGCAUCUUAAGGCCACAGCUCCAUACCUGCCAUGAGAUGUCGUGUGGCAGGGAUUGGGACUCAUUCUGUUGGGAUGCUAAGGGCUGUUGGUUUUGUUUUUAUUUUUUUCUAGCUUUUCAGAAGAUGGGAAAGACAGGUGAGUUCAAACCCCAAUACUGACAGCCUUUUAUGCAUUCGAAAGCAUCUCUAGAUUACAGAUGGGCGUUUAUUACUGGCAGUGUAAAGACAUGAGAUACAAGAACUUGGAGAGUCCCCGAAAUGCAUCACCCUCUCGUGACGAAUGAAGGGGCAAUAGAGUAGGGAUGGUUAUAAAUACGUCUACCUUAAUUUUUUUUCUGUAGGGUUGUAAAUCAUUAAUGGAAGGAGGAAGGAGAUAGAAUGAGAGGAUAAAUGUCAAGACUCAGGAAGAAUUGGCAUGUAUCCCAUCAUAAAAUGGUAGAGGUUGAGUUUUCAAUGAGUAGUCGGAGUUGAAUUUAUACAACCAAAGCUCCCAUUUGAUUGUAAUCUUGCCAAAAUGUAAUGGACAUAUAAAUGAACUUGGGAUAUAAGCAAUAAUAUCCACUAGUGUUAUCAGCUACUGUAACCAAGUGGCUGGUUCAUUUGGUUGAUGCUGAUUAUGGCCUUUAACCAUUGUGGUUUGUGUUUUUUAUUUCACAAAAAGCCAAUAAAAUUGUUUAGCUACAAAA